CUCCCUAUAGCUUUUGGCUUUGCUUUGCUUUCAAGCUUAGUACUAUAACUAUUAUCUCUUUUUCUUUUUCUAGCCAAAAUGGGUGCUAGGGAUUUGCUAGUGGUGGCCAUUGUUUUCACGGCGGCGACGGUGGUGGUGGCCGGAGAUCCGGUGCACCAUGUGGUCGGAGAAGAUAGAGGGUGGGACCCAUCUACUGAUGUUGCUUCUUGGUACUCUCAAAGAGUUUUUAGAGUUGGUGAUAAAAUUUGGUUCACCUACUCUACAACUCAGGAGAGUUUGGUGGAGCUGAGAAACGAGGAGGAUUUUACAUCGUGUGAUCUAUCGAACCCGAUCAAGAUGUACACGGAUGGGUUGGAUACGAUCUCUCUCGAAGGGGUAGGAAUCCGAUACUUCGUUAGCGGAAACACGGAGAGCUGCAAAAAUGGGCUGAAAAUUCCUGUAAAAAUCCAGCCCAAAGAGCAAAUUAUGGCCCAAAAUAAUGUUGCAUCAAUGGCUGUAGCUGAUGGGCCUACAGUACCUUCUGCUUCAACAAACUUAAAUGGGCUUUCAUACAUUUUGAUUGUUGGAUUAUCAAUCUGCUUAUUGGGCCUUUAGAUGAAAAUAGCAAUUAUGGGCUGUCUAGACUCUAUUAAGUAGGAUUAAGUGCCACUUUAUUUGAACUACGGUUAAAUAUCUUAAUUUUGAAUUAUGAUAUUAAUAUGUCGUCUUUGUUUUGGCAUAA